AUGCCUGCCAGCCGAACCCACCAGAAUGGCGCUGCCCAGUUCAACCAGAAGCUGAAGAACCUCUUCCGCAUCAACCUCAACAGCGGCGCCGACCGUGACAGAGAAAAGUCCUCCGCUGCUCACGUCCACUCCUCACAAGACGCCGCCGCCGCCCGCCCAGAAAUCCGGAGCAAGUUUGGUAGCAGCUUUUUCAAGGGCACCGUCGGCCGAUUGAGGACAAACACCACCGCCAGCGAAGGCAACCCCCUCGACGAGGCCCUCAGCCCGACCGCGCACGCGAAUCCCUACUUCGCACACCAGGGUCAGCCGGGCCUUCGCCAUCACAACCACGAAUCAGUACCUCCUAGCCCUCCCGAUACCCCAAAUUUCAAGAUCCAAGGUCCUGACGGCGGCCCCGAACAGCAGACGACGAGCGCCGGACGUGAGGAAUUGGCAAGGAAACUUAGGAGAGUCGCCAGUGCCCCCAAUGCCCAGGGCUUGUUCUCCAAAGGCAAGGGCAGCGCCGAGCGUCCCGCCACCGCCGAGUUGAGCAAGGACCCGUUGGUUCUCGACAAGGACUCGGGCACCCUCGAGAUGGUUGAUCCGUCCAAGGCGUCUGCCCCUAGCCUGGGCGUUCCCGACAAGGACGUCCUCGGCAACCUCCCACCCCCGAACCGUACGAGUCUCACAUUCCGGAGGACCUACAGCUCCAAUUCCAUCAAGGUCCGCGAUGUCGAGGUCGGCCCGCAAAGUUUCGACAAGAUCAAGUUGAUUGGCAAGGGAGACGUCGGCAAGGUCUACCUCGUCCGCGAGAAGAAGAGCAGUCGUCUCUACGCCAUGAAAGUAUUGAGCAAGAAGGAGAUGAUCAAGCGGAACAAGAUUAAACGCGCCCUUGCCGAGCAAGAAAUUCUAGCUACGAGUAACCACCCCUUCAUUGUUACGCUGUACCACUCAUUCCAAUCGGAGGAUUAUCUGUAUCUGUGCAUGGAAUAUUGUAGUGGUGGAGAGUUCUUCAGGGCGCUGCAGACGCGCCCCGGCAAGUGUAUCCCCGAAGACGAUGCGCGAUUCUACGCCGCCGAGGUCACCGCGGCCUUGGAAUAUCUGCAUUUGAUGGGCUUCAUCUAUCGCGACUUGAAGCCAGAGAACAUCUUACUCCACCAGUCGGGCCACAUCAUGCUUUCGGACUUUGACUUGUCGAAGCAGUCCGAUCUCGGUGGAAAGCCCACAAUGGUCAUUGGCAAGACAGGUACCAGCACCACCUCAUUGCACAUCGACACUCGGUCCUGCAUCGCCAAUUUCCGCACCAACUCGUUCGUCGGAACAGAGGAGUACAUUGCACCAGAGGUCAUUAAGGGUAGCGGCCACACUAGUGCCGUGGACUGGUGGACCCUCGGCAUCUUGAUUUACGAGAUGCUUUACGGAACCACCCCCUUCAAGGGCAAGAACCGAAAUGCGACUUUUGCCAAUAUCUUGAGGGAAGACAUCCCCUUCCCGGACCACGCUGGGGCACCUCAAUUAUCCAACCUUUGCAAAUCCCUGAUUCGUAAACUUUUGAUCAAAGACGAAAACCGGAGAUUGGGUGCCAAGGCCGGUGCUUCGGAUAUCAAGGCUCAUCCGUUCUUCAAGACGACUCAGUGGGCGUUGAUUCGACACAUGAAGCCUCCCAUUGUGCCUGUUACUGGGCGCGGCAUCGAUACUGUCAACUUCCGCAAUGUUAAGGAAAGUGAGAGCAUCGACUUGAGCGGAUCCAACCCGCUACAAGCAAACCUCAAGGGAGUUCCUCUGGAUAGUGGCAUGACGACCCCCGGUGGUGAAGUCGUUGAUCCUUUCGAAGAGUUCAACAGUGUCACGCUGCACCAUGACGGAGACGACGACCAUCACUCACAACAGAGUGGACAAAAUCACUCGUAG